ACGAGGAACUCUGAACAUACUGUAGUUUCUCUGACAUUUCCGGGUCCUGUGACUUAUCAGGUGGCUGUUAAGCGGCAUCAGGAGGCGAGGGAGGAGGAGGAGGAGGAGAACAAGGAGAAUUAGAAAAAGGGGGGAGACAAAUGUACUUUCUGUUGCAUCUGGCCCUCAGCCGUCUGACCAGCCCAGUUCACAGCAGCUCCUCACAGGAAGCCUACAUGAGCGAGAAAGCAGAAGCUGUCAGAGUUUAGAGAAAAGUCGUCAGUGUCAGUCUCAGCAUGGCCGGGGGCUCGGUGUCCGAGUGUAAGGAGUACUUGUUCAAAGUGCUGGUCAUCGGGGAACUGGGCGUCGGGAAAACCAGUAUCAUCAAACGCUACGUGCACCAGCUUUUCUCGCAGCACUACAGGGCGACGAUCGGGGUCGACUUUGCGCUCAAAGUUAUCAACUGGGACAGCAAGACGCUGGUCAGGUUACAGCUGUGGGAUAUCGCAGGUCAGGAACGGUUUGGGAACAUGACGCGAGUGUACUACAAAGAGGCCGUUGGGGCAUUCGUGGUGUUCGAUGUGACGAGGGGCUCCACAUUCGAGGCAGUAUCGAAGUGGAAGCAUGACCUGGACAGCAAGGUGAAGCUGGCUAAUGGAAACCCCAUCCCCUCAGUUCUGCUCGCCAAUAAAUGUGACCAGAAGAAAGAGAACUCCAACAACACAACCCUAAUGGACAAUUUCUGCAAAGAGACUGGCUUCCUUGGCUGGUUUGAAACCUCAGCUAAGGACAACAUCAAUGUGGACGAGGCGGCACGCUUCCUGGUGGAGAACAUCUUGGCAAAUGAUAAAGGUCUGCCUUAUGAGGAGAGCAAUGGAGACCGGAUCAAACUGGACCCGGAGACUGUGGCUGCUGAGAGCAAGUCGGGCUGCUGUUAACGCUCAGUCCAUUCAAAUUAGCCAUCCACCUCCCCUUGGCAGGGUCCAACCCCUUCACCCAGCUGGCAGCUCUGCUGCCUCCCAGAGGAAUAUGAAUUUCUUUGGGUCUUCAAAGCUCCAGGAUUUUCUCCUCCUUGUACUGAUGCUCCUUUGGCCUGAGCAUCUGAGUUUGUCCUUGUCCCUUGGCCAGAAUAGAAGCCCAGUUUUAUCUCAGUGUUGUCCCAAAUGUUGUCACUGCCUGUGCCAGGCUGUUUACUUCUUUGACCGUUAAAGCAUAUGAUCUUUGUUAUUGUUUGUCACACCACAUAUUUCCCUGACCGUGUAUGAAACACCAGUCAGCCCUCCACACCUGAACCCUGCUGCUCCUUCCAAAUCCUGGUGCCCCAACAGCACCUGAAGCCCUGGGCUAAACCACAACAUAGAAGGGGGUGCAAACUAAACAGAAAGCUGAGAAAUACAAACGAGAAUGCAACCUCUUGAUUUAUGCCAACCUGGUGCACUCUUUCACAGUAUUCUUGUCAUUCAGCAUUUAUCUGUGAAACAGACCAUUUUAUUCUUUAGUGAUUCUGAAAUAUAUCUUCAUUUAACAUAUAAAAUGCCCCUUAAACAACACUUUUUACAGCAUGAUCAGGCUUGUGUUUCCAGCGGUUCUUUAGACUACAGUAUAAAAAGUAAGCAACAACUAUCAGUGUAUAAGUGUUAUUGUAUCUCAUGUCGCUGCCAUGAAUUGCCAUCUUUAUGUCAUAUGUUCUCUGCAAUAAUGUGCCAUAACACAGUUCUUGUUAUGUCAAAUUGAGGGGAAUACUUUGUGUUGUUCACUCAAAUAUUUAAGGACACAGACGGACAAUAUGUGUUCCAGAAAAACUCAAAUAAUGGUAUGAUAUAGGACACUGGGAAAUCUUUGUUUGAUUGUAUUGCCACCAGAUUGAAAACAUAGAUCUGAUUUAUAGGAUGUUUUUUAUAAUGUGUUGGGUUGUGCAUUAUACUGGUAUAACUGGUGAGAUCUCAUUAAAAUCGUGACGGUGUGACAAUCUGACAGAGGACUAUAUUCUCCUGUACAUAAGGAUAUGUUAAAGUGUUCCAUGAGAUAUGAAGGAUUUUUUUAAACGUGGAGUUUACAUGUGAAAAUACUAUAAAUCUACUCGACCAAAAUAGAAUAAACAUUUUAACAGA